AUGUCAACGUUCGUACCCACGGCUCCCAGACCCCAAGAGGUCAAUGUUCCAGCCACGGACAUUUUGACUUUCGUAUUCGAUCAUCUCAACCUGUUGAAGAAUGAUCAACCGAUAUUUGUGGAUGCAAAAAUUCCUUCAAAGAUGGUAUCCUGGUACCAAGCAUAUUACAUUGUCCGUCGACUUGUCAAGGGUUUCAAAGAACAUGGGCUGCAGGAAGGUGAUGUGGUUUGCUGUCAUAUGUACAACAAUAUCUGGUAUCCGCUGAUCUGGCUCGGAGUUAUUGGCGCAGGGGGCUGCGUCAUGGGAACCAACCCAGGCUAUACGCCGUCAGAGGUGUCCCGCAUGUUUCAGUUGACGAAGCCAAAGUUCAUUGUGGCCCAGGUACAUUGCUCAAAGGUUGUUCUUGAAGUGACUUCACGCACUUGGCUCACCACAGGCCACAUAUUCUUGGUCGAUCACGAAUCGGAUAGGGUCCCGGAGGGUUGCCGAAGCUGGCGCGAUCUGCUUCAGUGCGGCGAACACGAUUGGGAGCGUCCAGUACCGAGUCAGAUUGCCGUCUAUGCGAUGACAAGCGGCACCACUGGUCUUCCAAAAGCCGCCAUGCUCUCUCAUCGAUCGAUACUUGCCCAGACUGCGACUCUGGAAAGCGAAUUUCGUGCCAAGACUUACCUGCCUAGACAAUUGAUUUUCUUGCCGAUCUUUCAUGCCUUUGCCAUGCCUCUGGCAAUGCUUCUUCCGUUACGGUUGGGAAUUCCGACCUACUUCCUUCCACGGUUCCAUCUGGCAGAUUUCACCAAAGCCGUCAACCGCUUUACCAUCACGGACGUGGCAAUAGUACCUUCAAUAGCGUCCAGCAUAGCCUUGAUUUCACCGUCUGAACGUCGUCGCCUGCGUUCAUUACGACAUCUCAUUUCCGCCGCCGCCUCAAUGUCUGCGAGGGUCCAAAAUCAGCUGUACGGCGUCUUGAGCCCGAAUGCGGUUGUUUCACAAUGUUGGGGCACCACCGAAGCCGGCUGGAUCACGCUCUUUAGCUGGUGGGAGAAGGACGAUUCAGGGAGCGUCGGGCGCUUAUUACCGAAUGUCCGGAUGAAGGUCAAUCGUUCUCCAGUGUCUUCCCUCUUCUCGACCGAAGGCAGCCCUGGAGAAGGGCUGAUCCACAGCCCCAGCAUGUUCUCCGGCUACCUUGAUAAUGUCGAUGCGAGUAAGGCGGCCUUUGACUCGGACGGGUUCUUUCGAACUGGAGAUCUCGUCUACCUUCGAGCCGGCAAAGUCUUCUACACUGGUAGAAUGAAAGAAACCAUCAAGGUCAAAGGCUGGCAGGUGUCUCCGACAGAAAUUGAGAGUAUCUUAUCACAUCAUCCGCUGAUAUCCGACGUGGCGGUGGCGGGUAUGCCUUCUGAAAAUGACCUUGGUGCCAUGGACACAUUAAUUCGCGCGUAUGUGGUGCGCCAACGACCAAACGACUUGGAUCCCCAGGGUCGGCCAUCGCUGACCGAGGAACAAGUCGAGGAGUUUGUCAAGUCCCGGCUCAUCUCCUACAAGCAGCUGACAGGAGGUGUCGUGUUCGUUACCAAAAUUCCCCGGUCGAAUACGGGUAAAAUUCUUCGCGCAUUACUUGAAAAGGCCGAAAUCGAUAUGGAGGUCACCAAAGUGAAAGCCUAG